AUGCUUGCAAACAACAGUGAAAAUCGUUUAACGCACCUCCUGGGUGCAUAUAAUUCCGAUAGUGAUAAUGAGAAUGAAGAGGAAGCACCGGAAGAGAGGAAAAAUGGGAUGAAUGCAGACAACAAUACAUUAUACACAGAGUGGACGCAAUGUUUUGACAGAGAUUCCGGACAUCCCUAUUUCUGGAACAUACAAACCAAGGAGGUAACAUGGGAGAUGCCACAGGAGUACAGUACCUAUCUGGAAUGGGUGAAGAGCAGUAAAUUCAGCCAUGAACAGAGGUGGAAGGUUUACGAGGCGGAGGACACAAAAACUCCCUACUAUGUUGAUGAGGUCACGCGCAUUGUUUUCUGGGAAAUGCCUGAGGAGUACAAAAAAGGUUUGGCGUCUCAUGAGAAGGAACCCGUGAAGGAAGUCCGGAAAGAACCGCAGAAGGAACCCCAAAAGGUUCUGAAAAAGGUGGAAAAGAAGGUGCACAAAACGCAGGCAAAAAAAUAUCCGGAACAUCUUACAAAUUACAAUUCCGACGAUGAGAAGAUUGAGCUCAUUUCCUCAUACGGGAGAUCCAGUGAUUCAUCUGAGGAUGAAUGUGAAUCAACUGAAGGUCAGGGUGAAAAGUCAAGAACAACUGCUAUUGCUGAACAUUCAGCAACUUUAGGAAAGAAGACAAAGAUUGAGGCAUAUCGUGAAGAUGAGAAAUCAUCGGAAAAACCUCCUGAACCGAUUCCCAGCGAGGAACUUCUUCCAUACAAAUUGUAUUCCCACGAUCCAAAUGACCAUCAUGCAACGGAUAAAACAGUAAAUACCACCGGAAGCAGUAUUCUCUUCAGCAAUGAAACUUCAGUCACUCUCUCGGAAUUGGAGAGAACCUAUCAGGCGGACAGAGAGAAAAGCAAAUCACCGGAAAAUCUCCCAGGAUCCGAUGCAAAUAAAAUGUCGGAGAAAUCUUCAAUUUCCAACAUGGAAAUUGAUAUGAAACUCACAAUGAGGAAGAGAAGAAUAGAAAUUCCAAGAAUUCCCCCGAAGACAGAACAAAUUUCCAAACCGGAAACUGACCAAGAUGAUUCAGGGAGUUCGGAGAACAAACCCAAAGGAAGUCUCUAUGAGAACUUUCAGAAGGGAGGUGUUGAAUUUUCUGAUAAAAAGGAUGAAGAGAUGGAGAGUGAGGAGAAACAAAUUGAGACAACAACGAAGGAUGCUUCAACGGAUACCGCGACUGAUGAUGAGCAGAGCAUUGAGGAAGUGAAGGAACUUAGCUCGUUAAUUGGUGCAAAAGUAAAAUUCCUGUCCGAGGGAAGACCCAUUAUUUCUGGAGUACAGAUUAUGCAGAUUCAACUUGAGACUCUCCUGGCUGCUUUUGAUACUCGACACCUAUCAAAGCACUACAUAAUGAAUUGGCUCAACACGACGACAAAAAGCCUCUUGCAGCUGGAGAAUGAUGUGGCCCCAAAUGGUUGGAAAUGCAAAUGGGAUAGGGAAAACUCCCGGUACUACUACCAGAAUUUGGCCACUGGCAGGAUACAGUGGGACUUCCCGGAACCCGAUGUCACGUGUGCUGGGGACGAAAUGGAGAUUUGCACAACACCACCCUAUCCCGGAGCGAGUGAAACUGAGGUACCCAUUGCGAAAAAGGCAAAACUUUCGGAAGACAGUGGGGAUGAACUUCGUGCACCUGAGCCGCCAGCAUGGAAUUCCAGUCCGGAACCACCUCCUGCGCCUAUGAUUACUCCUGUACCACCACCACCGCCGGUGAUAACAAAUAAAUUGAAUUUGGAGCUGGAUUACUUCUACUCUGAUCUAGCAUCCCUGGAGACGUCAAUGAAACCACCACCUCCGGAGGUGAUUGAAGAAGCACCGGCGGCGGAUGUGAAAAAGACAACGAAACCGGAAGUUGAGCCACCACCAAUUGCCCCGAGUCCCAAAGUGAAGAAGAAGAAGGUUAAAACAUCCAAAACGGACAUGAAGGAGGUUUCUCUCAUGAUGGCUAAAUGGCAAAAGGCGCAACAAGACUUACAGAAGUAAAAUAAAAGAAAUAUUUUUUUCAAUA